CUUAGUUUUUCUCCGCUACUUCCGGUAGCUUGGGUGACUGUCGAUGACUCUAAGCUUUCCUCACUGUGCAUUUGCUCUUGGCAAUGAUUACACCGAUUGGCCCGUAUUUACGAACUUUAAGGUGUAUUUUGUUGGGUUUAUUUGUACGAACGCUAACUUGUGCAUUUCUUCCAUUGCAACGGAGGGCGCGAGCCUAUAUGCGGCACGGUAACAUUUUGUUACAUUGUUAAUGAUGGAAGUGACCUUUGCUGUUUUGGUUGUCCUGCCUGUGUGAGAUCAUGUCUGAAGCAGAAGAUCUUGGUACUGCAGGGGCUGUAGUGCACCCGUGAAAUCAAAAGGGAAGCCAAGGACAGAAAACAAAAGGACCAUGAGCAUUUACUUUCCUUCCAAGCUGUAGAGCGUUUCUUGCUGUUACUCUGCAGAGGGAACAAUGGCAUGGUUCCCUUUGUGGAAGUUGUCAUCCCAAAAGCUUGGACUUUUUCUGGUGACUUUAGGUUUCAUCUGGGGUAUGAUGCUCCUACACUUCACAAUUCAACAAAGAACUCAUCAUGAAAGCAGCACCGUACUUCGUGAACAGAUACUUGAUCUGAGCAAGAGGUAUAUCAAAGCACUGGCUGAAGAAAAUCAAAAUGUAGUGGACGGUCCGUAUGUCGGCACUAUGACUGCUUAUGAUCUUAAGAAGACACUUGCAGUCCUUUUGGACAAUAUCAUGCAACGACUUGGAAAGCUGGAACUGAAGGUGGAAACCCUAAUUCUAAAUGGCACUGGAGGGAAUACAACUAACAGCUCAACUACUGCUGUUCCCAGCAUAGGGAUUUCUGAUAAACUUAAUGUAGCAGAUCUCCUAAAUGGAGCUCAGGAACAGUGUGAAUUGCCUCCUAUGGAUGGCUUCCCUCACUGUGAGGGAAAAGUAAAGUGGAUGAAGGACAUGUGGCAAUCGGAUCCCUGUUAUGCUAAUUAUGGUGUGGAUGGAUCAACAUGCUCCUUUGUUAUUUACCUCAGUGAGGUUGAAAACUGGUGUCCUCAUCUGCCAUGGAGGAAGAAGAAUCAGAACGACCAACUUGAAGGAAAAACAGUGAUUUUAGUUCACUUAGGCCUGCUGACAAAGGAGUCUGGAUUCAAGAUUGCUGAAAAUGCCUUUAGUGGUGGCCCGCUUGGUGAAUUAGUGCAGUGGAGUGAUUUAAUUACAACUCUGUACUUACUGGGGCACGACAUCAGGAUUUCUGCUUCGCUUGUAGAGCUUAAAGAGAUUAUGAAGAAGGUGAUGGAUAACCGAUCUGGCUGCCCAACACAGGGGGACAGAAUUGUAGAACUUAUUUACAUUGAUAUUGUUGGGCUUACUCAGUUUAAGAAAACGCUUGGUCCUUCUUGGGUUCAUUAUCAGUGCAUGUUACGAGUUUUAGAUUCGUUUGGUACUGAACCAGAGUUUAACCAUGCCCAGUAUGCUCAAUCCAAGGGUCACAAGACACCAUGGGGAAAGUGGAAUCUCCACCCUCAGCAGUUCAACACAAUGUUCCCUCACACUCCUGACAACAGCUUCUUGGGAUUUGUGGUGGAGCAACAUUUGAAUGCCAGUGAUACCAAACAUAUCAAUGAUAUAAAACGACAGAAUCACUCACUCGUUUAUGGGAAGGUGGAUAACUUCUGGAAGGAUAAGGGCCGCUAUUUAGACAUUAUUCAUGCCUAUACAGAGGUUCAUGGAACAGUUCAUGGGAAAAACUUUGAAAAUGUACCCAGUUAUGUGAAGAAUCAUGGUAUACUGAGUGGUAGAGAUCUGCAGUUUCUUCUUCGAGAAACUAAGUUGUUCAUUGGCCUCGGAUUUCCUUAUGAGGGACCAGCUCCACUUGAAGCUAUCGCCAAUGGAUGUGCCUUUCUUAAUCCAAAAUUUGAUCCACCAAAAAGCAGUAAAAACACCGAUUUCUUCAAAGGCAAACCAACUUUUAGAGAGCUAACUUCACAGCAUCCAUAUGCAGAGGUUUAUAUUGGAACUCCACACGUGUGGACAGUUAAUAUCGAUAAUCCUUCAGAAGUUGAGCAGGCAGUGAAGGCAAUUCUCAGUCAAAAGAUUAAGCCUUAUCUCCCCCAUGAAUUUACAUGUGAAGGAAUGCUGCAGAGGCUGAAUGCCUUCAUAGAAAAACAGGAUUUCUGUCAUGGUCAGGUGAUGUGGCCCCCACUGAGUGCUCUUCAGGUGAAGUUUGCUGAGCCAGGAAAGUCCUGUAAACAAGUUUGUCAAGAAGACCAUCUAAUCUGCGAGCCGUCCUUUUUCCAGCACCUCAACAAGGAUAAGGAUCUGAUUAAGUAUGGAAUUGAAUGCCAGACCGUUGAUUCAGCAAGUGAUAUUGUGGUUCCCACUUUUGACGAAAGCAGAAAACAUUGCACUUUUCAGGAGGACUUGCUAUUGUUCAGUUGUGCAGGUUCUAGCUCAGACCGGAAACGAAUUUGCCCGUGUCGAGACUAUAUGAAAGGGCAAGUAGCUCUCUGUGAAGGGUGCCUAUAGCAGCUGUGUAUUUGAACAGACUGCAAAAUUGGGCACACUAAAGCAGGUAACAUUAGGUCUUUGUGAUGAUCCCUGCACAAAAUCUCCUGCACUUUUUAACGUGGGCGUUGGGGAUAGAGAUGCAUCAAGAUGGACUUCAUGCGAGAGAAGAGCUUCGUAUAAGAGUUUUAACUGGAGGUAACAGCUUGGAAUUCUAAAAGUGGUUUGAUGUUAACCCUUGAUUAAAAUUACCAAAGGAUCUGAAAGAGUGUACCUUGCUAUGUGACUUCAGAUUUCCUGCAUGAAAUUGGUCCAGUUGAUUUAUUGUAAUGGGUUGAAUUUCAUCUCUGGUGCAUGGUAAUACUACCCCAAGUUUUUUUCAGAUCAUUUUUAUCUGGCAAUUGUUUUGUUCCAGAAGAAAGAUUAACAUGUUGCUUUGAAUCAUGAAUGUCUCAUAUCUGCUCAAGAGCAUUACAGGUAAACCAAGUUUAAUCUGUAAAGAAGGCAAGGACUUGCGAAGCAAAUGACUGAGCAGCUACUUCAGUUUAUCAUGAAGUUAAGAUUAUCAUGCCUGUAAUGGAAACGUUCUCAAAGCAGAAACGUGUUUUACAGCUUUUGUCAGUAAAUUUCAUGGUCUUUCAGACUUUUAUGGAAACUGCCACAUCAAGGGGCCACUGUCUUUAGGGACUGCUGAACUGUUUUCAUAACUGUCAUGUUUUUAAAUCUGAUGUUUUGCUAAGAAAAAUUGUGCUAAAGUUUAAAUUCAGAGUGGACCUGCAGUCCAAGAAUUAAUAUCUUAUGGAACAUUAAGUACGCCACCUUUUUAACUGUAGUCAUCAUCUGUCUCCACUACCGUUGUUCUGAAUCUUUGCAGAAAAAAAGACUAUAGUGAUAUAGUAGGGGUCCACUUACAACAAGCACCAGUGGAGCUCCAGAUGCGGCAUGCUGUACUUCCAGGGGGAACAGAAUGUUAUAUUUUUAAGUUUACAAUUUGCCUAAUUUUUCUCUUAUAAUUGAGGAUACGAGAUCAGUCCAACAUACAUUAUUCUCUAAGUAUCACUAGAAAACAGCAAGUUUUCAUGUAUUGAAUGUGUGGUUAUAACAUCCAUAUAGCACUGGAGUUAGAUGAAGGAAAACUGAGAAGUUUGUCAGCCCUGAAUGGCAGUAAAGAAAUACUUUUAUGUUGAUAGUUGUGUGGGCUGUUUUAAUUGUUGCAGCCAGAAGAUUCUAGCUGUAGAAAACAAGGUAAAAAGAGCAAAACAGCUGCUGAUUUAUCCUGAAUCUCUUAUGUUGCACUUUUAAGACCAGUGGCAAAUCUACAGGCUGUAUAGAAUUUGUUUAUUGGUGGGUAUUUAUUGAUUCCAUGUAAAAUUUGCACAAAAUGUGAAACAAAAUCAGUUAUUUCUAGUCUCAUAGCUGCUGUUUGUACUUAAAACUGCAGUGAAAUUAUAUGAUAAUUUGAGUAAAAAUCAAUUGAAAUACAUAUAAAAUGGGCAUAUGGUCAGUUUGUAAUAUGACUGCAAACAGGAUCAUGCAGUAGAUAGCAGUAGCUUUGCAAACGUUCCAUUUUUGAGAAGUUCACUUUUAUCACAUUGUACGCUUCUGCGUCUGUCAUUGAUUAAUGUAAUAGCACAGAUGUGAGGUAAUCAUUGCCUUUAAUGGUGUUUAGAGUUGUGCUAGAAUAUUGAUAACUUUGCUCUCUAUUUUAAAAUGUAUUUGUAAGAUAAAGCUGUCCCCUUUUAAAGUAACAUAUGUUGUCCAAUACACUGCUAUCUUACCCCUUUGUUCUUGAGAUCAUAAUUGCACAAUAUAGACCCAAGAAGGAGCAAUUCUGCUUGAAAUUAAAGUUGACCUACCUGUAAGAAGGUGUGAUGAUUUAGCCAUUCUUCAUUCACUUACAAAAUUACUAUGUCUGCUUAUGUCUUUAUUUGAAAUACAACUAGACUCUUGGCAUGUUUCUUAAAUUCUGGACCAGUUUGCAAAGGAACAGAUUUCCACAUAAGGAACUGUCAGUACAGUAAAGUUCACUAUGCAUGUACUUUAUUUCUAGGAUUUGUUAUUUUCUGUCCAUUUUAGAUAUUGUAUGAAUUCAGCAGUUUUAGGCAUUUGGUAUGCAUACAAGUAAAUAUGUACAAAUAUUUUUUCA